CCUCGCCCCCGGGGGAAGGGGAGGAGGAGGGCGGCGCCUGCGUGUUCCUCCGCCGCGCGCCCCGCCUCCUCCCGGGCUUCUCGAGGCGAUCCCGACUCUCCUCCCGCGGCUGCCGCAGCUGCCGGUUGCACACGGCCUCGGCGGCGGGCGCGGAGAGCGCGGGCCUGUGGAGCUGCAGCCGGGCGCGCGGCCCCGGCGGGCACCCCUCCGAGGGCGGCCGAGGAAGCUCCCGGGGGAGGAGGAGGAGGAGGUGGGGGGCUGUGGCGGCCGCGGGACCCGCUCGGCGCCUCGGCCUCUCCGCCCCCUCCCCAGCUUUUCUUUCGCCCUCUUCUCUCCCACUCCGGGCCGGCGCCUCGGCUUUGUGCGAGGAGAUGGUGUAGCCCCGCGGCCGCCCGAAGGAGAAGCUGGACACUUGUCUCCCGGCGCCGAGCUGCGUUCCCGCCCCUGGAGGAGAGACCCCCUUCGGCUCGGCGCCUCCCGCGUCUCCCGGCUGCUGGGGAAGCCUCAGCGCGGCCGACACCAUGAGGUCGUGAUAAAUUGUGCCAUUCCUAAAGGGUUGAAGUACAAUCAAGCUACACAGACCUUCCACCAAUGGCGGGAUGCUAGACAGGUGUAUGGUCUUAACUUUGGCAGCAAAGAAGAUGCCAAUGUCUUCGCAAGUGCCAUGAUGCAUGCCUUAGAAGUGUUGAAUUCACAGGAAACAGCCCAGAGCAAAGUUACUGCUACCCAGGACAGCACUAAUUUGCGAUGUAUUUUCUGUGGGCCGACAUUGCCUAGACAAAAUUCACAACUACCUGCCCAAGUUCAGAAUGGCCCAUCACAAGAAGAAUUGGAAAUUCAAAGAAGGCAACUACAAGAACAGCAACGACAAAAGGAGCUGGAGCGGGAAAGGCUGGAGAGAGAAAGAAUGGAAAGGGAGAGAUUGGAGCGGGAGAGGUUAGAAAGGGAAAGGCUGGAGAGGGAGCGACUAGAACAGGAGCAGCUGGAGAGAGAGAGACAAGAAAGGGAACGUCAGGAUCGCCUGGAACGGGAGAGACAAGAGCGGGAGAGGCUGGAGAGACAAGAGCGGGAGAGGCUGGAGAGGCUGGACCGGGAAAGGCAAGAACGAGAGCGGCAAGAGCAGCUAGAAAGGGAGCAGCUGGAAUGGGAGCGAGAGCGAAGAAUGGCAAAUGCCGCUCCAUCCUCCGACAGCUCCCUGUAUCAUGCUCCACUUCCUGAGUAUGCCAGUUGCCAGCCUCCUUCAGCACCUCCUCCAUCAUAUGCUAAAGUCAUCUCAGCUCCAGUGUCAGAGGCCACUCCUGAUUACGCUGUAGUGACUGCUUUGCCACCCACUUCCACACCCCCUACACCACCACUUCGACACCCCGCGACACGUUUUGCAACAUCUCUAGGUUCAGCCUUCCACCCUGUUCUUCCCCAUUAUGCUACAGCUCCUCGUCCUCUGAACAAAAACUCUCGACCUUCUUCUCCUGUGAACACACCCUCUCCUCAACCUCCAGCUACGAAGCCCUGUGCCUGGUCUACUUCCAGUUUCUCGCCCCUCCCUCCGUCUCCUCCAGUAAUGAUUAGCAGCCCCCCAGGCAGAGCUACUGGUCCAAGGCCUGUCCUCCCCGGUUGUGUUUCUUCUCCUGUGCCCCAGAGGCCUCCAUCACCAGCGGCCCCCAGCGGGCUGCUCGACUCUGUCACGUGUCCAGUGUCUCCACCGCCUACCUCAGGGCCAGCUGCGCUGCCACCGCCUUCCCUCGCACCACUCUCACACUGUGGAUCUCAAGCCUCUCCUCCUCCCAGCACCCCUGUUGCCUCAACUCCCUCAUCCAAGCCUAGUGUUCUCCCUUCUCCCUCUGCAGCUGCCCCUGCCUCUGUGGAGACUCCUCUAACCUCUGUGCUGGGAGACUCCUCUGCUUCUGAGCCAGGCUUGCAGGCAGCCUCUCAGCCGGCCGAGACUCCAGCCCAGCAGGGCAUUGUCUUGGGACCACCUGCACCUCCACCCCCUCCUCCACUCCCGCCAGGUCCUGCCCAGGCAUCAGCCGGACUUCCUCCUCCCCCAGGACCCCCUCCACCCCCUCCACUUCCGUCCUCAGGGCCCCCGCCUCCGCCUCCUCCGCCGCCUCUUCCUAAUCAAGUACCCCCUCCUCCCCCCCCACCUCCUGCUCCUCCCCUCCCUGCAUCUGGAUUUUUUUCGGGAUCCAUGUCUGAAGACAAUCGCCCUUUAACUGGACUUGCAGCUGCAAUUGCUGGAGCAAAACUUCGAAAAGUGUCACGGGUGGAGGAUGCCUCUUUCCCAAGCGGAGGGAACAUUGGUGUGAAUUCGGCCUCAUCUAAAACAGAUACGGGUCGUGGAAAUGGACCCCUUCCAUUAGGGGGCAGUGGUUUAAUGGAAGAAAUGAGUGCCCUGCUGGCCAGGAGGAGAAGAAUUGCUGAAAAGGGAUCAACAAUAGAAACAGAACAGAAAGAGGACAAAAAUGAAGAUUCAGAGCCUGUAAGUUCUAAGGCCUCUUCAACGAGUACACCUGAACCGACAAGAAAACCUUGGGAAAGAGCAAGUACAAUGAAUGGCAGCAAGUCACCUGUUAUUUCCAGACGGGAUUCUUCAAGGAAAAAUCAGAUUGUUUUUGACAACAGGUCCUAUGAUUCAUUACACAGACCAAAAUCUGCACCCUCGUCACAGCCCAGUGCCAACGGAGUCCAGACGGAGGGACUGGAUUAUGACAGGCUGAAGCAGGACAUUUUAGAUGAAAUGAGAAAAGAAUUAACUAAGCUAAAAGAAGAGCUCAUUGAUGCAAUCAGGCAGGAACUGAGCAAGUCAAAUACUGCCUAGAGAAUCAAACUAAGGAGAGACAGGACUUUAAUCUGGAGAAAGGAAAAGAAAAAAAAAACCUACAAAGAACAGCUGUGUUAACAACAACAAAACCCUUACAUCUUGUGAGCUGUAAGAAGAAAAUGGAGACAAACAGUCGGAAGGAGGGAAAAACCAACAUACUUUGAAAGCCUUCAGACAUUACUACUCUGGCGAUAAGCUGUUUCCCUCACGGUUUUCUGCUUUUCUCUGACCUUUACAACGGGAUGGAGGAGAGUCAUAUAGGAGUUCCUGUAUCAGUUAUGCAGAAAAUACUGAAUCCGUCAGGCAAGAUCACCAUGCAUUGAAAUACUUUCAUGUCAAGAGAAAAAUCGCACGUUUUCCACAAUCCAUUGCUAAAAUAAAGAGGAGAAAGGCUUGAGAAUUUUUUUUCAGAGAAUGGUGAUGAGGAAUUUAGCAAGUUAUGCUAUUGUAUUGUAAAUGUUUCUCUCAGGUUUGUCUUCCUAUCAUAUUUGAUAUUCCAUGAAUAAUUGAGUUCAGCCCUAUGUAGGUUAAGAUCAUAAAAUGUGGAACAAAUGGAAUUGUAUGUGCUUUCAAAGGGUGAUAUUUAUAAGAAAGUGUCCUAAAAAUGAUUUGUUCGGAGUGAGGAAUUUUAGAAUGAUAGGAAGUCUCUCGAGUUUAGCCUUCAUGCAAUUUUGUAGAUUCAAACAUAAAAUUUGUCCAGAAUUUAAAGAUUUAGAUGCCUUCCUAAAUUGUUACAAUGCUUUACCAAAUCUGUGACUCCUACAUAACACAAAUCAGUGGUCAAAUGUAAAACAGUAUAUUGUAGAUUCACUGUAGGUUUUCAACCUUUUUUAGAUUUAUGCACGUGGACAUUUUUAUAAUGUAAUUACAACCACCACAAAAUUAGCUUUUUAAAUUGCAGACAGUAAUGCAUGUCAAACUAAUAUGUAGUGGCCUUUUCAAGGCCUAGUCCCAGGGAAAACAUUUUGUAGAGUAUAGGGGAGCGGGAGGAAGGGAAGGAAUAAUUUUUUAUUUAAAGUUAAUUUCUGCACUAUCUUUGUUCUCAGUUAUCUGCAUGAAUAAUAAUGAGGAAUAUUUUGUGACUUUAAUUCGUAAAUAUGUUAACAGCACCAAGUACUUAAUCUUUUACAUCAUGUCUUCAGCUAUUUGUAUUUUCACUUGAGUAAGUUCAGUGGUCUGAAACAUGAUUCUGAGCUUCACAUGAAUUACAUCUUAGUGUGGAACUCAAAAGUUCCAUCCCUGAAUUUGGCUGUUAUUACCUAGGCGCCCUGCAGUUAUACAGGUGUUCAGGUACACAUUCCUGACUACAAAGCUGCUUUUGAACCUUGUUAUGUUGAAAUACUAGAAAAGUAACAAUGACGGCAGCAAAUUAAGGUCACAGAAAUCAUUAGAUAAAGGGAAAACAACGAGGGGGUUCCUGCAUAAUUUUCUUUUAAUAAAUAAAGUGAGACUUAGGUGGUGGAAAGAAGGAACUAGAUACUCUACUUACCACCAUGUGUGUGCGUGCGUGCGUGUUUGUGUGGGCACUCACGUGUGUGUAUGUUAUCCACUCCCUUUUCUUUGAAACUUCUAAGAUUACGAUAGGGGAGAAAUCCUGUAUGUUGCAAUGAUAGAAUUUUUUGAAAUUUUAGGAAAUCACAGUUCUCCAGGCUCUCCAUCUUGAUUUAUGCUUGAGUUAUUAUGUGCCAUAUUUGCUUUGAAACCUUUGAUUAUCAGUAGUUUUACUAAAAGUUUGAAGAAAUAAUCCACUUUCGUCUGCUUUCUAGAUUUUCUUAAUCUAAGUUCAUAAGACAGAACUUGUUGAUAGCAUAGUCUUGUAAGCGCUGCACGUUUGCAGCCAUUACCACUUCAAAGAGGUUUGAAUGAGGGAAUGUUUUUCCCUUGUUAAAAUAGUUCCUGUUUCCGUAGAAACUUCAUUUUUAGAUCUGUGAUGGAUGAGCUAUCAUAAUUCAAGUAUACAGUUCUUUUUUUCUAUCAACUCUUCAUUGUCAUCCAAUAGUGAAGACAUUACAGAUGCAGCAAGCUUAUGAAGUACUACUUUCUAAAAGAAAUAGGAGGCAUUUUCAUCUUUACUAUUGUACUUUUGGUUAUGCAAACACUUUGAUGAUACCAUGUUUAUGUCCCCCGUAAAUCUGGUCAGAAAUCACUUUUGAUUUUGUUGAUUAAGUUAAACAGUCUAUAGUAGGAUAGAGUACUGGGUACAAGUGGUCCAAAGUAAGAUAAAAGACUACGGUAAAAAUGCUAGAUCUUAAAAAAGAAACUGGUUUAUGCACUAAACGUUUUGUGCCUUGGUCUAAUAUUAACAUGAUGUCUGUGUAAAAUGACAAAAAGAACCAGUGUUGAAUCACGUUUUAUUUCCUGUCGUUCUGCAUUAUCCCAGAUUGCUAAAUGUGUUCUUUCCAAGACGUUUGAUUGAAUUCCUGUAUACAUUUGCUGUCCUAUGUGACAGUUUUGUCAUUGUUAGAGAUUUCAGUAAUUACAAUGGGAAACAGAAGCUUAGGUUAUUUUCCUUAUCAAAACUAUGUUCCCUGGAGCCACAAUAUUAUGAUGGUUUUCGUGCUCUUGUACAUUGGAUGUCUUAAGCUGAGUGCAGUUUAGGGGAUCCUUUCUAGUUACAGGAAGGUACUUCUUUCCUUCAACACUGUGAUCUGACCUGUGACAAAUCUGUACUAUACACUAUGUAAAUGGCUAACAAGUCAAUUGCAAACCAACUGAAUGUACAAAUCUUAGUGCUGGUGCUGAAAUCUCUUCAGAAUAGUCAUCAUGAUCUCAAAGUUCGUUUCAAAAUUUGCAAGCAUCAAGUGUCAAUCAAAACUGAAGAUGAAACACUAAUGAAUGUUGAAUUCUCAUGCUUUAGGUGUACUUCCUUAUUAGAGUUUUUGGUUCUCUGCUAUUUUUACCGUACUGUUUCAUUUAAAUUUCCUACAUGCUAACUUCGUUUGUGCGAUUGAAAUAAAAUUGCAGUAUAUACGUGUUGCUUGUUUGUGACACUUAGAUAAUCUUCUGACAUAAUUUGUUGGUUCUAAAAUAAGUUGUAUUGAAUGUAGAAAACACUCUUUAAAGUCCGUGACUUCACUUCUUAAAGUUUACAUACCAACACUACAAAGAUUUCAUAAGUCAUAAAUACUAAGUAAUGUAUACAAAGGGAAUAUGUGGUAAUGUAUCUAUCUACUUUUUGCUUGAAAUAGCUAUUGGGUGUUCCCUGUGUGUUCUUAUUUUCUCUCGGCCCAGCUUGGUACAGUGUCUUACAGUCAAGAGAGUGAUAAAUGUUUAAGUUUACUCCAUUUUGUUUUACAGCGUAGAUACGUUAAACUCAUUUAUGCAGUUAAAAUUUUCCUUUAUAUAGUUUGCAGUGUAAAGGAUAUUGUAAGGGCCUUACCAAGUACUGAGUUUUAAAUAUAGUGAAAUCUGUAUCUAUAGUGUUUGUUUAUACAGUAGUGUUUGUUUAUAUAGUGUUUGUUUAUAUGUAGUUCUUGAAACCCACAUAUAAGCAGCAGUACGUUUUAUCUGACUCUUACGAAGUACUGAUUUUGAGUUCGCUUUAAAAUUUGAAUGUCUUCAUUAGAAAUACAACAGUCUUUGUCUUCUUUCUCCUACCGGACCCCAACUUUUCCCUCCCUCAUCCUCUCCGCUUCUCAUGGACCCCAUGUUCCUGCCGUUCACUGACGUUUGCAGUCAUUACCCAGUCCACAGGUGUAAACAUAUUAACUGAUUUUUUUCUCUCUGUCCUGUCUCGGGUUCUUGCUUCCCUUCAUGUAUAAAUCAGAAUGUUUGUCUACAAACUAAGAGUCACUUCCCAUUCAAAAAUGAAGUAAUGGGUGGUAACCUUUAAAAUUUGCCUAGAUACAACUUUGUCUCCUAAAUUUGUAUAUACUUCCAGUGCCCUUGUGAAGAACUGGUCUUUAAGUUCUAAGUAGUGUUAUCCUUUGAAGCACAGUUUACAAAGGUAUGCUACCGGAUCUCUGUGAUUCCUUUCUGUAGCCAUCCUAACUUUAUAUAUAACCCUAUUACCCUUUCAGUUCUAUCGAUUAAGCGUAAGAAUGACAUCAUAUAAAGCAUACUGUGUGAAAGAACUCUCUAGGAGCUCUUAAUUCCUUUAUGAAGCUAUUGCAUAAUCUGCUUUCCUGAAGACAUUUACUCCAGCAUUCACAUUAAAACUCCACACGUGUUCCUGGUAGUACCGUUUUUGUUUUUAACAGAUGAAUUCGUAUCUGUACAUCUCCUCAAAGCUCUAAGGGAUGAGAAAGGGAUCCCGAGAGUAUAAUGAAAUUAGUGAUGCUAAUACCUCUGACUUUUCACUGAAAAGCCAUUUUAUAUUUAGACUUAGGUGUUUCUGAAGUAUGCAUAAGGAAUCUUUGUCAAUCUGGGUGAAUAGAAUUGUCCCAGGUAUCUGGCUACAAAAAGACACAGUGGAGAACAUUUAUUUUUAAGAGUAGUUUUCUCUCAAAAUAAGCACAUUUGCCUAAGAAGCUAAAGUUGGUAACCCCUCAAGAAACGACUGUCGAGGGUCUAGAAUGCAGAUUUUCUCUGUUGCAAACUUCCAAAUGGGCUGUGGGUUAUGUUUGUUUCCUUUAUGUUGCCUCUAGAUAAGUUUUGAGGCUCAGUAGGUUUUUAUAUCUGUUCAUAAUACUUUAAAAGUGAAACCUUCAAAUUUUCAAAACGUCGAAAACUGAUUAGAAAAGAAUUACUAGAGUAAAUUUAGGAGGGUUAGGGACAUGCAGCAUCAACUUAAAUGGAGGUCUAGGAUAUCUCCCUUGUUGAUACCAAUGGUGAAUUCACAGAGAAGCAAAUUCAAUCAGUAAGGAGAUACAACUGAAAGCUCCUAAUGUUAUGAACUAUGUAAAUAUCUCUUUCUAAAGAGCUUUUUUUUUAAAAAAGUAACUGUCGCUGUGAGAGGAUAAAUAAAUGAUUGUCAUAAUGACUUAGGAUGUUGAAAGAAUUACUGCCACAUUUAUUGGUUAUUUUUGUUCAAUCUGAUGAAAUCAAUAUAUCUGAACGUCAAGAAAGGAAAAAAAGGACUUUUCAGUUAUUAUAGAUUCAUGUGUUGCACAUAAACUCUCUAAGCUGAAAUGUUAGUAUCAGUUAAGGCAUGUAGUUGGCUUCAAAUACUUGCUGAUUAAUUUAACAUGAAGAAUAAAUAAAGCUGAAUCCUCAGUUUUAAGUGUUUGAGCCAAAAGGUCCCCGUCACUGAGAUGUACCCCACUUCUCUGAAGCAUGUUGUAUACUUGGAGCAGUUGAGCAGAGAGCAGAGCCCCUGGAAGCUUCUGGUGUAGGUCUGUGGGAUUCCUAGGUAGAGGGAAGAAAUCAGGGCCUCGGAGGCAGCUGAGGGUAGGGAGGACAUAUGCAUCAUCUAAAGAGUGUUGUGGUGUUUGUUUGGUUUUUUUGCGGUACGCGGGCCUCUCACUGUUGUGGCCCUUUCCGUUGCGGAGCAGCAGGCUCAGUGGCCAUGGCUCACGGGCCCAGCCGCUCUGCGGCAUGUGGGAUCUUCCUGGACCGGGGCACGAACCCGCGUCCCCUGCAUCGGCAGGCGGACUCUCAACCACUGCGCCACCAGGGAAGCCCAAGAGUGUUCUUUUACAUCACUUUUUCAUAUAAUUCUAACUGAAAACUCAAAUACGACCUUUUUUCAACGGUUCUGAGAGAAGACAGCUUUCAUUUUAAUAGAACUUACUAGAAAAGCUGAUACGUUUCAUUAGAGGACUAAGUUUGCAUUUACUCCGUAAGUGUAAAAAUCUGUAUAAAAAUCACAGCCUCAUAGUUUAUCAUGUUUAAAUUUGAUUUAACUUUUUUCCCCUUUGGCUCCAAGACUGAUUUCUUCAGCAAUAGAUAACAAUUUUUAAAAUACAUAAAAAAGAAAUUGCUAAUGUAGGCAGUGAAUAACGUCAUAUGGGUGCAUUUGGUUUUUGGUUAAUGGUGGUUCUUCCAAGAAGACUUAGAAUAUAUUAAAAAGCAUGCAGUUAGUUGGUCCUUUGGAUUACACAGGAAAUGGCAUUUAGAAAAUUUACAUUGAAGAAAUUUAUAUUGAUAGGUGUUUACAUUGAAGGAUAUUUAAUUCUCUGUCAGGUCCCAAAGUUUCCAUUCAAAUCUAUAGAAAAUGAGAAAAUACGUUCUUGGUUUACACUUAAAAUACAAGCUAUUUUAAUCAUACAGAAGAAAUUGCCACAGAAGACUUUUCAAGAUUAUGGUUCAUUCAUGCCCUUAGUCACGUCCAUGGAACCUUAGUCUGAGUCCCUUUUUUAAAGAUUAAAGGCAUUUUUAGAGACAUUUUUCAAUUUGCUUCAUUUAAAUUUUAGGUGAGAGAUACCGAUUUGGAAUUUUUAUUGUCAUUAACCAUGUUGAACUCAGGUGUAAACUCGGUUUGUUCUGCCUGCCGUGGCAUUGGGUGUUUUAAAUGUUCCGGAGUUUCCUUAGAUGCUCGUAUCCUCAAGUCUGAGGUUUGUCCGUUCUUGGUGGUGGACUAACUUAGCGCUGUCACCCAGGCCCCGUGUGACCUCAGGUGCUGCCAGGCUGCCCGGCAGUGGUGGUUGGGCAAGUGGAAGCUGGGCGUGAUGAACUUACGUGUAGACCUAAGUUAGUUCUGCGCCUUGAAGGGUUGGUGGUAGGCACUGACUUUGACACUAAAAUGUCCAGGGAGAAUCAUUUCCCCCUGAGAAAAGUAUUGGGAGGAUUUAGAUAUUCAGAAGAGAGGUGUAUUAAAAUCUGGCCUCCUUUUCUACCUACUUAUUACCAAGGGGAAUGGGAGUUUCAGGCCUGAGCCAAGGAGUUUACAAUUUGGUUUCCUUAACGUAGACACCUCAUCAUUAUAGGUUUCAGUUGCUGAAAUUGAAUUUUACGGGGUAGUAUUUGGUCCUCACAUAAAAUAGCCUUGUUUCUGAAAGUAAACAUCUUAAAAGAUUCUUAUUUUAACCCACUUCUUUGCCCCUUUCUUAGGCUGGACACAUCGUGUUCCUCCCACUUUGCCGUCUCACUCCUCCCUUUGUGUGUGGGAAGUGGACCGGUCAUUGGCCUGGGCUCCAGCCGGCUUGACCAGCUGUCAGGCUGCAGGGCUAGUCCAUGUGGUGGUCUCCAGGCCGUGUCUCUGAGGUUGCCCCUCCUUUUAACACUUAGCUCUGUGUGUCAUCAUCCAGUGUGUACUCUGCAGCCACUGGUUUGCUUUAUUUCUUCCUUUUUGAUCCAAGAGAAGGGGAAAAGGGCCCGAGUUUUACUCUCUGAUCCUAAGUGCUGCUUUUAAUUGUUUCAAAAUCUUAGACCCUAUUCACUGGAAAACAUGCAUCCUAGGUGUGAACAGUAAGGGAAAACUGAUGAAGUGAUGAUUUUGCAGUCCUGCCGCAUGCAGUGUUAGUGCUAUGUUAACUGCUGCCCCAAGGCCCUCUGCUCACUCGUGAGAUUUCACAGAUUGGGUUACAGGUGUCUGCGUUCUCCCGGCCACGGCCUCAGCCUGGAAGCACAGGCAUCCAUCCAUUCCCACAGAUCCAAGUGAUACCGUGUGGGAUCAUGUGAGAUGUGAAACCGUGCUCCGGUUACGAUUAGAUCAGUGACAAAGCCCUUUUGAUUCUUUUUCUGGCCCAGUAGCUUUUUUUUAAGUAAACACUCUGCAGAGCUGGAUGGAGUGAAGCAGCCCUUCUCUGUUUCUUGGGGAGGAAUACACUUGAGCAGCUCUCAUGUCCCCUGAGCCCGCUGUACCAUGGUUCCUUCUAUCACUGUCAUCCAUGGGAGGAAUAAUGCCCUCCCCUCUCUGCCCUUCUUCUUAUACACGAGUGUACAAGCUGUCAUUCCUUCCCAGGUCCUUGUUAAUCCAAAAGACUAACGGCAGUUUCUUAGCCAACGAGGUGACUCUCCCGCACCAUUUGGGUGAAUGUUGUUCUUAGUUCUUGCUUGAUCUUAAGGAGAAGAUAAUUGGCACAAAGUCAGAGGUUGAAUCGGAAGGUUUGGGAUUAGAAAAGAUGAGUCCUGUUUUGCAGAUGUUCUUUUACUUCUGUUCUUUGUGGGCAUGUGUGUGUUUUGGAAUUCACUUUUUUUAGCAAUAAGACACGCUUUUCAUAAUGUGUAUUUUUUUCUUUUGGGGGGGAAAAUGAAGUGUUUCUAACAAAAGUGAAUGAGCUAGAAAGAAGAUUCUAUCUUGAGACAUCUGUAGUUGGUGCAAAAUAUUCAAAACUCAAUUACAGUAUUUACACAUUUUCAUAGACAUUCUUUUUUUGGUUUGCUUGAUAAGACUGAAUGAGGAAGCAUCCCUGCAGUCUGUAGUUAUAGCAGCAUUGCAAGUCUGGUCUGUAGCUGGGGUAGAGAGAGUGGGUGAGUUAGGGCUAGUCCCAUCUGUGCUUGAGUGGAGUGGGACUUCAGGCAGAGGUCGAUCCAGGUAAGUUCCAGUUCAGAGCUUUCUGUUGCCUCGCCUGUGGGAGGAGUUUUCGAAACCUUUUACUUGGCCUGAACGAAAAUCAGUUCCAUUGUGCCUUCUGCUGACGUCUGGGGAGUUGGGAUGACCAUAUGAGUGAAUGACAGGAAGGCUUUUUUGGUGCUUUUUAAUCUUACUUUCAAGAAGUGGGGGAGUCAGGGAUGAACCUUUCUGGUUGGAGAGCAACAUACACCGUUUCCAUUAUGAGAUUUAGAAUGUUAAAUACAUUCUCCUUUUCAGACCUACCUAGUUGAUAGGACAACAGCAUCCUGUAGCAGAGCCCAGUUGGUAAAGUUUAAAGGUGAAUUUCUUGUGGUCCAGAUGGGUUAGUCCUCCAUGUUAUCCUGCUUUGCUACAAAAUUUUAAAACUAGAAAUGUGCAUUUAUGUCCUUAAAGAUUAUGCAGAGCGGUUUUCUUUGCUAAGGAUGUGAGUACAUGCAGCCCGUGAACCUAGGGCUUUAUAAUCUGGGAGUGAGCCUCUUAAGGCAGUAUGGACUGAAAUAACACUUUAAAAGUUAAGAUUGACUUAAACAUAUCCAAGGCCAUAUUUGAGUUGGAAUUAUAAAUUAUUUAAUGUGUAUACAGAACCUCGUGUAUCUUAUCUCUUGGAAUUUCUGAGUUACUGGCCUUGCUGAAUUUCAGGAAUAAAAGAAACUGGUAGCAACUUGUUUUCAAGCAACAAAUUGUAAAUUGCUGCUUGACUCAAAAAUCAUUUGUAAAUCCAAAUAAAGGGGGAUCUUAUUGUCAGGAAACAUUACCUUCCAAGUUUGGAGCCUACCUUUAAGAAAGAGAAGUGGAGGAGAGGGUGAGACACAAAACCAAAAUGGUUGGCAGGGUAGGUGGGAUUAGACGGCACCAGGGUUUUGCACCAAAGUUUCAAAUAUGAAUAAAUAAAAAGGAGGACCACUUGCAAGACAACUUAGGAAGGACUUGCCAGAAAGUAGCAGCUCCGGCUGCACAACAGUGCCUUCAAAAUGAUUCUGUGUGAAUUGCAUGCAAUUUCGUGUAACCGUAAAGUGUAACCUGUAUGUGCAUGACGUGUCUAGAACGUGUAAAGUUAAGUUCAGCAGAAAAGGGGCGUAGCCCUGCCACUGAUGGGUCAGCGAGCCUGCUGAAGUCCUUGGACUUAACGCGACUUCUUAGGUCUGCAGCAUCAGAGCCCUGUGUUUGCAUUAAGCAACCAUAUUGAAAUCGGAUCCAUUUCUUCCUUUGUACUUUCUUUCCUACUUUGCAGCUUUGCUGGUUUUAACUGUUUCACUCUUCUGCUUCUUGGUAUCCUUUCUUGUUUUGAAAUAAAAAGAUGAAAUACUUAA